AUGAAAUACAAGCGCCUGCUGCCGGUUGCCGACGGAAGCCGGCGUCUGCGUCGAUUUGUGACGGGUGAAUGGAAUAUCACGGUGACUACAUGUAGGCCAGGGAUCACAUCGAUUGGCACUUUCAUGCGACUCUCUCUCGGCGGUUCUUUGGCUUACUUAGACUCCUUCUUUGGGACAUCCUGCUGGCGGGAUGGGGGACAACUUUCUUCCUCCACUUCACCAAUUUUGUCGAUUCCAGUUGCGGUUCCGGCCUCUUUCCCGGACACACUUUUGAUAAAUGACCGGAAGUCCAUCAGGCUCAACAGAGGGGACGGCGACCUUCAACCACCACAUAGACAGGACGUCCUUCGCAUAUUAACACAUGCUACGAAGUUUUUUCGGGUAACCGUUACCAUCACUUCCACAUGCUCAGUGGCUAUCCCAGCCUUACUUUUCACAGCAGAGACAUUGGCAACCUCGUCAAAUUUGGCAAAGAAAAAAACCCAAGUGGUCGAGCGAAAUAUACAGGGGCUCUCCAUGCAACGUUACUUUCGUCUUCCUGUUCCCGACGUAUUCGUAUGGAGCCUCACAGACUUGGAUGUUCCAAAAUAA